GGCGCCGCUCGGCUGCGGCCGGGAAACGGGGCGUGUUUGGACCGUCGCGGUUCACAGGGAGCGGAGCCGGGCUGGGAAUUGCACUGCCGGGUCUCGCGGUAGUGGCGGUUGUGACGGUGGUCUCAUGUCGCUAAUUUCAUCCUGUUCAUUUGGAAACGAAAUGAAACUCCGAACUGUCAGAUUCCUUCACUCUGACUGAUUUCUCCGGAAUAGAAGUAGAAUGAAAGAGCCCCCAAACCGAACAAAGCAUACAAAAAGCCUCCACGAGUGGAAAGAUUAACAGUUAAAAGUCCUCCGCGUGUUGAAACUGGAGAUGCGGAGGACAGCUGGAAAGGCCGAAACGCCGCUUCCCUGUGUAUCUCUAAGAGUCAGUGUGUCUGGCAAAGAAAGACAGCUGUUUUAUUUCUGACAAGAUCUGUUUAAGAAGCACUUCAUAUUUUUAGUAAUUUUCACGUAACUGGAGAGGAAGCCAGCUAGGAAACUGUUCCUGAAUGUACUGCAGUCCAAAUGGGAGGGAAACAUACCGAUAAUGCUCCUUCAGGCAGGGUACAGAAAUGAAGAUAAAGCAUCUGAGAGCUCUGGUAUUUGGGAGGACUGAGGCCCAGCAAAGAGAUCAUUUUCAAACCCAAGGUGAAAUCUCGGACAAAGCACUCAGCUGAGAAAAGGCUACGUCGUGCCAAAGUGUAUGGAGUGUGGAUAGAUGUCACUUUGCGUUAGCUCUGAAAUCCUGUAUUAAGUGGCACGUGAGGCAGGAAAGUGUGUGGAGUCUAAAAGAAGCCUCCACAGAGCUUCCUCCAAGAGCUCUUCUGUGCUUCUUGGCAUAGAAGACAAGCUAAGAUAAUGAUUUGGACUCAGAGAUUGAAGGACUGUGAAUUGCUACAUCACUAGCAACAUUUCUCCUUGGAUCUAAAGACCUCUCAAAAUAUUAACUGUAAGACUCAUUUUUAAAGGGUUGAGUUAUUUGGGAAAAAUCCCACCGAGUUUAUUUGCGCAUGGAAAAGACACUGGAUUAUGAAUUAACUUCAAGAGCCAGAUGGAAACAAGAUAGUGGUCUGGUCAGCAAGCAAAAUUGUUAGGAAGCAGCAAGGACAGGCUUAAUGUUCUUGACAGAUGAUGACAUCUUUUCCAGUGCAUUUUGUGAAAACUCUGAGAAGCUUAUCAAUGUACAUUUGUUUGCCCUGGCUGCUAAAUAUCAUUCUUUGUCCAGCCUUGGAGUGUGUACCCCAUUAGAAGAUGUGCUUGAAGCACUGAAAGGAAACAGUGAAGGAGCAACAGGUAUCAAACCAGAUGAGUUUAUGAAUAAUAAGAAAUCCCAUGAAGUGCAGGUGAUGUCAGAGCUGGUAGACAGCAUAGCAAAUUAUUGUGGGAUAAAGCAGGUGAUAGAUAUAGGUUCUGGAAAAGGCUACCUGAGUUCAUUUUUGUCCAUGCAAUAUAACUUAAAAGUUUAUGGCAUUGACUCCUCAAGCUCCAACACGAAUGGUGCUCAUGAAAGAAACAGAAAACUGAAGAAACACUGGAGAGCAUAUCAGAGUCGAGGAAGAGAAAGCCUCAAAAGCCAGACUUUGGAAAAGGCAAAUAACAGGCCAGUGGAAAGUAAAAUUAAAUAUAAAACAAUCAGUGAAGAGCUCUUAAAUAAUGCCAACAGUCUUCAAAAUCAGGACCAAGUGAUUCUCCAAGAUUUAGUUCCUUCUUGUGGUUUCACAGAAAUGGCUACACCUGCAACCAACACAGAAACUGAAGCUGAUUUAGUGACUGGGACACAAUCUCAUGAGACCAAACUUUCUGAAGAGGUUCUUGCUAUUCUAAAUGUUCUUUCUGCUGAUGCUGUAGAAGACUUUUCUUCAUUUCAUAAUAACUGUGGGGAACUCUGUGAAGAGGAAAAAGUACAAAGAAAAAUGACAUCUCUCAAGACUAAAGCAAGAAAGUCAAGUGAAUCAAACCUGUAUUUUCCAUUGACCUCUUGCAUCACUGCAGAAACGGAACUCAAUGACAUCAUAACAGAUCUGGAGGACUGUAUGAUGGUGGGUCUACAUACAUGUGGAGAUCUUGCUGCAAAUACGCUACGAAUUUUUACUGCCAAGCCUGAAAUCAAAGCCGUUUGCAGUGUGGGCUGCUGCUACCAUCUGUUGUCAGAACAGUUUGAAAACCAAGAAGAAUGCCACGACCAAGUGUGGGGAUUUCCCAUGUGUCAGUACUUGAAGGACAAAGGCUGGUGCUGUGGUCGCAAUGCCAGGAUGUCAGCAUGCUUGGCUUUGGAGCGAGUUGCAGUUGGCCAAAUGCUGCCUACGGAAUCAUUGUUUUAUCGAGCUGUUCUUCAGGUUAUUAUAGAAGAAAUUUAUGGUGUCACCAAAAGUGAUCGACAUGUUGGAAAAACCUUCUCCAAAUCAUCCUCCUUCAUAGAUUAUGUCAGAAGGUCUCUGAAAAAGCUGGAACUGGAUGAUUCAAAGCUUUAUUUAGAAAUGAACAAAAGAGCAGCUGUACUGCAUAGACCAAAAGUCUACUUUGUCUCUGGCAGUGGACAAAAACUGAUGCCUUGGGAAGAAUAUAAGCUCCCAGACAGCUGUAUCAUGGAUUACUAUGAAAAGUACAAGCACAGAAUGAAUGAGCUUGAAGCAUUUAAUAUGCUGAAGGUUGUUCUGGCUCCUUGCAUAGAAGUUUUGAUACUUCUGGAUCGUCUUUGCUACCUCAAGGAGCAGGAAAACAUUGCCUGGUCUGGACUUGUGAAGUUAUUUGAUCCUGUGAAGUCCCCCAGAUGCUAUGCAGUUAUUGCUCUGAAGAACCAGUCAUGUUCUUAAGUGGAAGCAAAUUGCAGAGAGAUUGGAAAUUCUGAACUGAUACUGCUGUUUCCUCCCUUUUAUUGUUAUUUUUAAUUGAUUCCUCAAGUACAAUGUUUGCUUUUCAGAUGCAAAAGAAAAAAGUGCAAUGCUUUUUUGAAUCUUCAGAAAUAAAUAUCUCCUUUAUAAAUAUGAUUUCUUCCUUAUGUCAGUUACUAAACAAUGUUGAACAUCUGACUUUAUUAUAAAUGUUACAGCCCAUACUAUAUGAUUAUUAUUUAAAAUAACAUUAUGUUUCUUCUUUUUAAGGUAUUAUGCUUGUGUAUCAAUAUCCUUUCUCUUGAUACUUCUAAUCUCAAGAUAACAUUCUCAAUUUUUACCAGUGCCUGGUAUCAGCAGUCUCAGACUAGGCUCAUCUUUCUUCUUUUCUGGAUUCAGAUGGUGCAGAGUAUAAACAGAAAAAUAACCUGCACUGUAGACAAGAGGCUCACAGACUAAAUAGGACCUUUGUACUUCCUCUUCUUCAGGUCAUCAGGACCAGCUUAUUUAUAGAGCAGUGUAGAAAAGCCUAAGUAGCGACUACCUGCAAAGGACAGUUUUAUAUUAACCCCUUCUUCCUUCAGGCAUUUUCUUGGCAUGCACUUGUUUGCCUGUCACUGUGAAAGAAAAAAUGUGUGCUUUAAUCCAGUGGGAGAUUUCCCAGUGCUUAAGAAUCAGCUGCCCUGCUGGGGUUCACUCUGUAAUCCUUGGGUUGUACUGGAAAGCCCUUAUCUGGCUCAACUCUGUUGGGUGUAAAUACUUGGGUACCCAAAUGAAUUGAAACUUCCUAGGCAGUUUCUUGUUAGCUGUGCUGCAUUCAUGAGUGAGAAAUUUAUUUGUUGAUGCAUUUAUCUCAAUGGGUUGCCUAAUUAAGCUUGCAGAUUUUCCAUCAAUUAAAAAAAAGAGAAAAGUUUCUUUUCUAAGUCCUAGUGCUUUUAUUAGAAUUUUUCAGCAUAUGUAAAAUAUAAUUAACUCCUAGUGCCCAGAAAAAAGGACAACAAAUAAAUUACAGUAUUAAAGAAAUAGAAAAGGGGGAGAAAGAAGAAAAGAGGAGAACACACAUGGAAGAUGAGAAUAACAAAAAAUAUUUUUAUAUUAACUGUAGAAUAACAGUAAUUUAGACUGAGUGAGACUGAGACAUGAGUAGGAAUGGCUCUUACUCUGUUGCAGCUUGCAAAAUAUAAUGAGAGCUUGUGAACAUGGCCACUCAAGAAAAGAGACAUAAGGUACUUUUCUAACAAGUCACAUCUUUCUUGAUGUAUGCACUUGGAAGAAAUAUUUUGGUUUUAUGUCUGUCAAAGGUCGCUGCUAUCUGUUUUAGAACUCCAGUCCUUAUUAGCUCCAUGGUUCCAUUAUGAGCUUCUGAUACUUGUUUGGUCUGAAUAUAUUCAAUCCUUAGAGCUGCUGAACAUCUUCAGUGCCCAAGGAAAUUAACAGAAGCUGCAGGUGUGGAGCAGUAGAGCUAAGAGAAAAAUGAGGCCUUCCAUAUAUGCCACCUUUUUUUAUACAGACGGUACUGAGGAAACUAACAAGCUGCUGAAUUCUUUUCCCAGGAGAGGAAUCAAAAGAAAGAAAAUCCUUUCCUAACCUCUAAGCAUCUGGAAGGAAAAAACCAAUAAUACCUGAUACAAAAAGGCAAUCUAAAGUACAUGACAUUAAAAAGAAAAAAGGUGAACAAAAAUCCUAGGAAAAUAGGUUUUAUUACAUUAUGUUCUGCUAAGACAUGAUGACUAAUUGUUAGUGAAGUGUUAGAGUCAUCCCUGUCUUAUGUGCUGUUGAAAAAAUGUACUGGGGGAAGAAAUUGCCUUUUUUUUGUUAUGAAUUGGUUCUUCUGCUUUUUCAGACCAAAUUCUAAAAACUAGGCAUAUAUGAUGUUUAAACAAAGAAAGCACAAUUUCCCACUGAAAAUAAGGGCUUAAAAGUACCCAAAAAUACUCAUUUGAGCAAGCCCCGUCUCAUUUAAUCUGAACACAGUUGAAAUUGCAAAGGGUAUACAGACUAGUGUUAAUUUUAUGUGAUAUGUGUGUAAUGCUAGAUAAAUUCAAAGUUAAAUUUUUAUUACUAUCUUAGGAGAACAUUUGCAACAGUUUAGAAAAGCAAGCACAUCUCUAGGAUUAGCACAAAUGCUUGUCUGGUGUUUUAAAAAGGUUUGAAUAAAUUUGCAUUCCCUCCCCCAGCAACUUCUCAGGCUCUUUCAGUACUUUUCAUGCACUUUGUAGUUUCUGCAGGCAAAAACAGAGGCGAUGUGCUUCUUAGAAUAAUAACUAUCAAGAGGUUUAUAAGAUGAGUUUGGAUUCAAGCAAAGUCAGUUGCUGUCUGCUCUCAAAGCUGUUUCAAAGCUUUGGAUGCCUGAAUGCCUAUGAGUUAUUGUUUACACAAUGGAAAAAUCCCCGACAGUAAUCAAGAUGAAUAAAACCACUUUUCUUCGUGGUUAUUGCCAGAAGUUCUCCCAUAAAGUAAACUGUAUCCUAAAUAUGAUGAAGUCUUUUGAUAGGAAAGAAUCUCCAUUUUCUUUCAGUGUGACAGACCACUGUCUAUCUUGUUGUGCUCCCUAAGGAACCUGCUUUCCAUCAGGUGUUUGCCUGAUUCUGUUUGUGGCACAGCUAUGCAUUCUCUAACAGAUUCAGAGUGUUUUAUUUAUCUUUCUUAGGGUUGAAACCUUUUCUUCGAUGGAGGAAUAAGAGUAUAUGCAGGGUAUGUGUGCAACCUUAAUAUUCAAGAGAUCAUUGUAGCCCUAAAAUCUCCAAGCCUGCUUUUGUGACAAACUUUGAUUCUGCAGGUUGAGUGGGGUUCCUCAGGGGCUGGUAUUGGGGCUGGUGCUGUUGAACGUCUUUGUUGGAGACAUGGGCAGUGGGAUUGAGUGCACCCUCAGCAAGUUUGCAGAUGACACCAAGCUGUGUGGUGUGGUCAACGUGCUGGAGGGAAGGGAUGCCAUCCAGAGGGAUCUUGACAGGCUUGAGAGAUGGGCCCAUAAGAACUUCAUGAAGUUGAACAAGGCCAAGUGCAUGGUCCUGUGCCUGUUUUGGGGCAAUCCCAAGCACAAGCACAGGCUGGGCAGGGAAUGGAUUGAGAUGAGUCCUGGGGAGAAGACAAGGGGGGAAUGGUCAAGCUGAAGGAGGGUAGGUUUAGAUUAGAUGUUAGGAAAAGAUAGUGAGGCACUGGAACAGGUUGCCAGAGAGGUUGUGGACUUCUCAUCCCAGGGAGUGUUGAAGCCCAGGUUGGAUAGGGCUCUAAGACCUAGUCUAGUACAGAGUGUCCCUGCCCAUGGCAGGAGGGUUGGAACUAGAUGAUCUUUAAGGUCCUUUCCAACCCACACCAUUCUAUGAUUCUGUGUUUCUAGGUCUGAUUUUGUGACUUACCACACCACAAAAAAAAUUGGUGCUGUUUUAGUUUCUGGGAUUUUAGUUUCAAGGGUUUUUUCUGAUUGAAUAUUAGGUAUAUUUUAUGGUAAAUUAUCUUCUUCAUUGACAUUAUUCAUUACUGUUAAAGUGCUUAAUAUCUGCUCAGAGUUAACAUGCUUUUGCUAUGCCUUGAUGCAGUUAAAAUCUUGAGACUCUAUGUCCUGUGAUGGCAUAAAAUCUGCACAGGGGAAGCAUGCUAAAUGUAUUUGGCUUUGUGGCAGCUAUAUGUCUUUUUGAUGACUGGAGUACUUAUUGGCUUAUAUUUACUUUUUUCCUAAAAACUAUCCUAAGUGUGUCAUUAUAUUGUCAGAGAUCACUGGUACUAAGGGCAAGUGGUAGAAUAGGACCAGCACGAAGAAAAUUUUCCCUGCUUCCCUUCCCCUGGAGCAGGCAAAGCGGCAUGGUGGCAGCCAUGUGUGAACUAGCCAACUUAGUGUGGCACUUCAGACUUCCCUUUCCCGGGGAAGUAACCAAAUACCAACCUCUGUUAGCAUCUUUAAAUCUCUUUAUCCCAUGUGUCUUAUCAUUCUCACUCAUACCUGUUCUCCUUGUUGAUGUAUAGUCUAGUGCACUGAAAAAAGGGGAAUUCAUGCUGGGCUGUGGGCCAUGAAGGAUUUUCAGUAUUCAUAACUAAAUCAGAACUGAGGUAUAGUUUUCCAGACACUUAAACACCUGACCCUUAGAACUGUGACUUUAGCUCCCUCAGUUUCUGAAGUCCAUUCAAAUUUUGGGUUCCAAAAUCCUGCCAGAUGGGACCAUGGCCUGAUUCUCUGGGAAUCCAGCUGCCGUUCUCUCACCAUCUGAAAUAACCAACUCAGAUUGGUGGGUUUAUAUUCUGUAUCUCCAGGCAACUGCUGAAUAAGUUGGUUUCUUUGAAUUUGCUUAUCCCUGCUUGUUAUCUCUGUCAAUGUUGUAUUUCAGUGUGCUCUGAGAUAAAGAGUAAAAUCCUUCUGAGAUGGAUGCCUCAGAGAAGCUACACCACAGUUCUUCUUGUUGCUUUCUCCCUUAAAUUAAUUCCUGGUGAUCAGAAAGAUUAGUGAGCACCAGACAUCCUGAGAAGCAUAGGCGAUUAAAAAUUACCGUGCACAAGAUCUUCUCUUCACGAGUCUUUCAGUUCAAGAGCUCUGAGGCAUUUUCUUCACAGGAAUUCCAGAGCACAUUAUCAUUAAACUCAGACAUCUAAGGAAACCCACCAAAACAAUGAAAAUUGGCCUCAAACUGUUAAACCAUGCUGUUGUACACCAAUCUUCCCAGUAUAAACCUACAUUCUCUUCAAGGCUGUCUGCAAUGUCUGUAUCAAACUGGAAAGAAAUAGGCACUUGUCUCACAUUUACAGUGAUGCCGUUCAUGAAAUCAGCAAGAGAAUGACAUUCUACUCUCUGCUUUAUGCUAAAAGGCAACAGAACCCUCAGAAUGGGUAUGCCCAACAUUCAAAGAUUUCUCCUGAUACCAUUAUUGAAAUCCUUUUAACAGAUUUCUUCAGUCAGUUCAGUCUGUUACUUACUUCAGUCACUACUGACUAUCAUCAAUAGGUCUACAACAUCCUGUGAUUUAUAUUCUAUAGGUGGACCUUUCUCAUAAUAUACUUGUCCAAACAGUAAAUUACUUCAACUAAUUGCUGGGAGUGGUAGCUACUCCUAGGUUUAUUUAUGGAUUUUAUAGUAGGUUUAAGUUGUUUUAUCCAAGUGGAAUCCUAUUAUACACUAUAAUUUUCUCAGAAAUGUGCAUUUGAAGUACAUGAGAAAAUGGUUUAUAGAUUACCAAUUAAAUGUUAAAAGAAAUUGAAAUGGUACUGUGUGAGUUCUUGGGUAGGAAAGCACAGUGUAUGUCAGGUUACAUCAUGAGGUGCACUGUUGGCCAGAAUUGGAUAAUUCACAAAUGCAAAACACAUAGACAGGAUUACAUGGAGAAAAUAUCUCAGAGAUUUGCAGUUACUAUAAAAUGUAUUGUUGUUCUUUAUAAACUGUAAGAAGAAAUGUAAUUAUGUUAUUUAAUUGGAAUACAGGAAAGCUGAAACUUUCAGUAAGUAAAGAGGAGAGUCACAUUUUAAACUUGCCUUACAAUUUAGGAACUAGCUGCAAAAGUGACAAUGUCUUUUUAGGGCAACCAUCUGAAAUACUGUUCACCCCAGGAAAUCAAGCUGUUUUCUACACAACAUUUAUUUUGUACCUGUUCUAUAAUCCAAGUCUAUGCUUGGUUUUGUGGACUUUUUGUGUAAUAGUUGAUUAUUAAAUUAUCUCUUUUCAGUUUUUGCAAUUACAGUCACAGUGGUUAUGUGUAAUAAGCAAGGACUUUCGAUUUCUUCGUGGAGCUAACACAUGCUAACAAGAUACAAUUGUUUAAUAUCUUUGUUUAAGAUUAACAAAGACGGUCCAAAAGCAAAAUAUUACUUCUAAAUUUAGGUACAGUUUAUCUGUGGAUUAAAAAAUUCUGCAUGUGAAA